AUGUAAUAAUCUAAUAAACAACCUAAUCAAAUUACACCUACUCAAGAAAUUCCAGUAAAAGUUAAGAGAGCUGCAAAACAAUUAUAAAGAUGGUUCAAAUGUAAAUAGGAUGUCAAAGCUUAUUAAAAACUUAAAAAGAAUCAUAGAUAUAGAAAGAAUGUGAUUUUAGAAAUUUAUAACACAGAAAAACAAUAUGUUAAUGAUAUAAAAAUAUUAAGUGAAAAAGUAUUGGUAGUUGCUUAAUAAUAUAUCAAUUAAGAGAACAUUAAAACUAUUUUUAUGAAUUGCAAUUAAAUAUCAUAAUGGAAUUAAGAAUUUCUAAAAGCAUUAGAAUUAGGAUUUUAAGGAUAUAUUGGGAAUGCUAAAGACAUGUAUAAACCAUAUUGGGUAAUGAAUAGUAUUUAUAUUUAGAUUGUUUUUGAAGCAAAUACAAAACAGUUGAUGAAUGUGAGAUGUAAAGGAUUUAGAUGUUACUUUGAUUAUUGUAGUUAAUUUAGCAAAUCCAAUUAGUUGAUUGAUAAAUUAAAGUAAAGUGAUUAGAAGUUUAAAUAAUUUUUAACUCUUAUUAAUCCAGAAUUAAGAGGAAUGGAUUUAUCAAGCUUUUUAGUAAAACCUGUUUAGAGAUUACCUAAAUAUAUUUUAUUAUUUAAAGAUUUGGAAAAACACACUGAAGAGGAUCAUCCUGAUCUAAAAAAUAUUAAAUAUUUACAUAAAUAUUUUAGAGAUAUAAAUGAAGAAAAUAAUAAAUCUAUUGAUAUUUAUAUUGGAAGAUUAUAAAUUAGUGAAUUAUGUGAUUAAUUUAAACUAAAUAAAUCUGAUUUAUUAUCAGAUCCAUAAAGAAUUUAUAAAUUUGAAGAAAAAUUGAAUAUUAUUUAAGCAAACAAAGAAUUUGUAGUUUAAGUUCACGCUUUAAGUGAUAUUUUAAUAGUAAUUCAUGAUAAUAAACAAAUUAAUUAAGUCAAAUUAGAUUCACUAUCUUUUGUUAAAGAUUAACCUGAUACUAAAUAUUUUAGCAAUUUAUUUUAAAUUGUUGGAGUUGGAGAAGUGUUAUAAUGCUUUUCAGAAUCUUUAUCAAUUAAAAAGAAAGCAAUUGAAUUAUUUGAAAAAUUGAUUUAAUUAAAUAGAGAAUAAGAAUGUCAGAAAGAGUUAAAAUCUGGAAAAUUAAUUUUUAUGAGAUUUCCAGUAUAAGUUGUAGUUGUAGGAACAGAAGAAAGAAAUUUUUAAUCUUUCUAAAAACAUACUUAAUACAUAACUUAAAUUUCAAUAAAUAAAGUUUAUUAAAAUGUAAAAUUUAAUUUAAUUGAAGUUAUUUGUUAGAUAUAGUGAAAUAGAGAAUAUGUAUUAAAAAUAUUCAAAAAAGUAUCCAACUAUUGAAUUUCCAAAAUUUCCAAAUUAAAGUUGGUUAACCUACUAAAAAACAAAAUCAAUAGAAGAACGUAAAUUUGUGAUAGAGGGAUUUUUAUAAACGUUGCUUUAGUCAAAAGAAACAUAGGGAGAUAACUAAAUAUUGAAUGAUUUAAGUAUUUUAUUAAUUAAUGAUAGAGUUACCAUUUAAUUUUUUUUAAUUGCCCUAAAUAGUACUUGAUUAAUAAAAAUCUAUUUUUAGUAAAUAUAAUACUAGUUUGGAUGGAUUAGAGGAAUUGAAAAUAUAAGGUGUUUUAAUAGAUAAACUAAAAAAUAGUGCAGGAGAAAUUUUAAAAGCUGUAUGUAUAGAGAAAGAAAGCAGGAAAAAAAGCAUAGCUGAAGUUUAACCUAAUAGAGUAGUUAUUUGGUAAUAAAAAUAUAAUACUGAGCCAAAUAUGAAAAGAGUAAAUAUUACUAUGCCUGAUGGAACUAUUACUGAGAUUGGAGUAGAUGAUAAAGCAAAGGUAAGUGAAGUACUUCCAUUUGUAGCAGGAUAAAAUUAAUUAGUGUAUUUUAAAGAUUUUCGUCUUUAUUUGAUUGAUUAAUUGAAAAAACCUAGACUACUUGACGAUGAUGAAGUAAUUAGUAAAGCUUAUGAUGAUGAAUAUUAAAAUAAUCAUGGAUGGUUAAAUAAAUUAGAAUAAAUUUUAACAGCAUCUAAUACAGAGUAAUAAUUUAUUUAUAAAGAAGUGUUAUUAUUAAGAUGAGAAAAUAUUUAUAUAUGCCAUUAUAAUUAGAAGAAUUUGAUUAUAGAGAAGAUCCUAUCAGAUUGAUAUAUUUGGGUUUUUCUAUUUUAGAAGAUGUUUAUGAAGGUAAAUAUUAUCUAGGUUUCAAAGAUUAUUGUUUAUUUGCUGCUCUAUAUUAUCAUAUAAAAGUAUAUAUCAUAUUAUUAUUAAUAUCUAGUAUCAUGAAAGAAUAGAAAUUUCUCUAAAUACAUUGUAACUCGAUAAAAUUACUAAAGUUAUACCUUCAGAUGUGUAUUCCGGAAAAUCUGAUUCAGAAUGGAAAGAUUUUACAAUGGAAUGCAUUAUUUCUUUGAAUUAAGAAUUAAAUAGAAUUAGUGUAUAUUUUCUAUUUAAUCAAUAUUUAGUCAUUAAAUAGAAUAGAAAAACUUUAAAAAAAAGAAAAUUCAUAAUCUAAAUUUGCAGAUAAAAGAUGUUUAGCUGCUUUAGUCAUUAUUAAUGCAUCUUUAACUUUUACUUAAGGUAGUAUGGCCAUUUUUUAAGUUUAAACAUAUGAAUAAACAUAAAUCUAUUUUAAAUAAAUAGGAAUGGAAGUACAUGCUACAAUGUAUCUGGGGUUUUCUGCAUAUAAAAUUUAUUUUCUAAAUCCAUAGAAAAAAAUUAAAUUCAGAGAAUUAGAUUAUAAUAAAGUUAAUUGGGUGAUCUCAUAUCCUAAUUAAAUUAUAUUUAAUUUUGAAAAUUUUAAAGAGCCUCUUCGAUUUGAUACAUUUUAAAGUUAUGAAGUAUGAAUUCAUAAUUACUAAAGAUUAAAUUGCUAGUUGAAUAAUAUAAAGACAUUUAUAAGUUUAACCAAGAAUAUAACUUAGAGAAUCUCUUUCAUAUUGAUUAAUAAUAAUCUACUAAAGAAUGA